GCUCUCAGCGAGGGGUACCAGCGGGAGUGCUUGGAGAGAGAGACUUUUCGGAAGCAGCUGAAAGAUACCAAGAGGAAGCGAGCUAGCCGACGACUCCCCCACUUAGGCGAUAAAGAAGAGAGAAAAAUAUACACAGUAACACGUCCGUGGUAGGUCCUCCAGAAGCUCGGCCAUUUGCCUCAGCGAGUAGCGAAUUGUAGUUGAAUCACAAUUAACUGGGCGGGUUAUACCCGUAAAUAGAGUCAAAAUAACGCGGCGGAAAAGGAUGAUCCAUUCGGGGCGUACGAGACUCGAGCAAAAAGUAAAUGAAAUAAAAGUGCAUAAAGGGAUCCAGACAGUUGGGAGGAUGGAGCAAUCGACGACGACGGGUAAUCAGUGGUCGAAGCAACAGUAUCUUCCCUAUCAGCAUUAUUAUCAUCAUUACCACAAUUAUUAUUACUAUUAUAACGAUCAUCAUCAUCGCCAUCAUCACCAACACGAUCAUCAGCAUCAUCAGCGUCAACAGCAUUGCUGUGAUCGGCACCACCAGCAUCACCAGAACCAGGAAUGUCUUCCGAGCUCUUGCUAUAUGUCCCCAUCGAUUGCUCACAUUUCGAUGAGUAAUAUGAAAAAACAAUCCUCUGGCGUACAGCUAACAUGGGUAUUUCAUGACGACGAGGCGCAAAUAAAUAAAAAACUGCCAAAGGAAUUACUAUUAAGGAUCCUAUCAUAUCUUGAUGUAGUCUCGUUGUGUCGAUGUGCUCAAGUAAGCAAAGCGUGGAACGUUUUGGCUUUAGAUGGAUCCAAUUGGCAACGAAUUGAUCUAUUUGAUUUUCAAAGGGACGUUGAGGGACCAGUGAUAGAAAAUAUAUCAAGAAGAUGCGGAGGUUUUCUUCGUCAGCUGUCCCUACGCGGUUGCCAGAGUAUCGGCAACAACUCAAUGAAAACCCUAGCCCAGUCUUGUCCUAACAUCGAGGAGCUGAACUUGAGCCAGUGUAAAAAAAUCUCAGACGUAACUUGCGCGGCUUUGAGCAGCUACUGUUCAAAAUUACAGCGUCUGAACCUGGACUCGUGUCCAGAGAUAACAGAUCUUGCGCUAAAGGACUUGUCAGACGGGUGUCGGCUGCUCACUCACAUUAAUCUGUCUUGGUGUGAGCUGCUCACGGACAACGGGGUCGAAGCACUGGCACGUGGAUGCCCGGAGUUGAGGAGUUUCCUAAGCAAGGGCUGCCGACAGCUUACUGAUCGGGCCAUAAAGUGCCUCGCUCGUUACUGCCCAAACCUCGAAGCAAUCAAUCUCCAUGAGUGCCGAAAUAUAACUGACGACGCUGUGAGAGAAUUAAGCGAGCGUUGCCCGCGACUACACUAUGUUUGUAUAUCAAACUGUUCAAAUUUAACAGACGCCUCGUUACUGAUGCUAGCACAACACUGUCCGUUGCUCAGUAUUCUUGAGUGUGUUGCAUGUACUCACUUUACUGAUGCUGGUUUUCAGGCUCUCGCUCGAAAUUGCAGGCUAUUAGAGAAAAUGGAUCUAGAAGAGUGCACCCUCAUCACAGAUGCCACUCUCAUUCAUCUUGCAAUGGGUUGCCCACGACUUGAGAAACUGAGUUUGUCUCAUUGCGAGUUAAUAACUGAUGAGGGGAUACGGCAGCUAGCACUUUCACCCUGCGCUGCCGAAAAUCUAGCGGUUUUGGAGCUUGACAACUGUCCUCUUAUCACGGAUGCUAGUCUAGAUCAUUUACUGCAGGCGUGCCAUAAUCUUGAACGAAUCGAGCUUUACGACUGCCAGUUAAUUACUAGAUCCGGCAUACGUAGACUUCGGUCACAUUUACCAAAUAUAAAAGUACAUGCGUACUUUGCACCAAUGACACCACCACCAAGCGCCGGCGCAUCUCGACAACGUUACUGUCGUUGCUGCGUUAUCCUGUGAUUUAACAAUCGAUUGAUACUCAUAAUAUAUGAGUAAUAAUAACUAACUUGUUUAUUGAUUCGCCAUUGAUUUACUGGCUGGCAACGGAUGACAUUCAUUCACCUGAGGAAGGAAGCUAUCCUUUUGAUGGUAUUCGGAGGAUAUUUAAUGUCAUUACGUCUGAAACAAGUAAUUGGGGAAAGGUUUGUUAAUUAAUAACAAAAAACAUAAAACUAAAAAAAUAAUAACAAAGUCCGCGUUUAAAUUUGUCAUCAAUCAACUAAAUAAAUAUCACAGAUAUUUAAUUGUUAUGUUGAUUAUAAUGUUUAUAUUAUGUAUUUCGGAUUACUCUGUAUUUUAUUUGUGUAGACAUUAUGUUCCUUAAUUUUUUUUUUUUUAAUGAUAGACUGUUUUUAUUAAUUAACGUUCUCUGCGUUAUAUUAAUUAACUAGGAGAGUACAGACUGAAAAUGAGAAACAAAUAAAUCAAAUUUUUAUUCACGCGGUUUUUUAAAUUAAAACAAUAAUUAUAAUUAUCGAUAUAAUUGUUAUUGUUGUUGAUACUAAAUAUUUCAUAAUUAAUACGAAUUAUUAUUUUUUAUUUUAAUUUGAUAAUUUAAACCGAAUUUUAGGCCGCUGAAAAAAUUACUGACAAUUUAAAUCGCACGAGUUGUUUAUUGAAAAACAAUAACAAAUUUCAUUAAAAACAUAAUGAUAAUAAUAAUAAUUGUAUUUGCGAACCGAUAAUGUAAUUAAAGGGAUAAAAAAUUGUGGCACGAUUUUUGUGGGGCCACUUCUGAGAAGUGUUUUAUCAACAAAAUGAUUAAUAAAAAAUUGUAAUCGACUAUGUCGUUUUAAAAUAUACAAACAUCUAAAAUAAUAAUAAUAAUAAUAAAAACAAGCGCUAGUAAUUUUUUAAUCUAGCGCAAACUCGCCUAUGAGUGUAAAUUUAAAAUAAAAGGAAACGUGAUGGAUUAACUGAAAUGAAGGCCAAUAGUUAAAAUAAUAUUAAUCAUAUAAAUAAUAAUUAAUUAUAAAUAUAUAAAUAUAAAAUAUGUUUUAUACGCCACAUGUCAUCAUUAGAUAAGAAACAAAAUAAAUAAUUUAAAAGAAAAUUAUAAAAAAAAAAAAAAAAAUCGAUAAUCGUCGUGUCUACUAUCACAUAAAUAGUGUAUCAGUAGUAAGUACCUUACGUCAUAUUUGGAAAGUCGCACAUGUCUUGAAACGUACCUGAACGAGUCGUUUUAACGAUCCUGCGACUAGUAUAUUCUAUAUAUAAUAAUAAUAUAUACUCGCAUAUAUAUUUAUUAUAUAAAUACGUGUGUAAGUUUUGGGGACAUUACCUGCGAUUGUCCAAGUUUGAACAGCUACUAAUCGCGAAAAAAUAAAUUAAAAAAAAAACAAACCCAAUAUAACUAACUACUCUUUUUGUAAACGUAAUAUUAAUCACGUUAAACGGGUUAAUUAACGUUGUGUAUUUGUGAAAA